AUGCCACCAAUUUCAAAUCAAACAAGUGCAGAAGAAGUAAAUCUUGAAAAUUACGAUGAAUUAAAAUUUUUUGGCUCUGGUGACAGUAAUUGGAUGUCGAUAAUGCAAGUGAUUUCUUUACCUACUAUUCUUUCCACUUUUCCAUAUGGAUUUGAAUCAAUUUCUGAAGAGUCUGCUAGUGAUGACGUGGAGCCGAUUUCUGUUGAUUUAUUUAAUAGAACAAAUUCUCUUGGAACUGACGAAAUUGGUACUAAUGGCAAUUUGAAAAGGUUUUAUAUUUCUACAGACCAAAAAUUGGAUAAU